UAUGUUUCUCCAAAACCACAUCUCUCUCUCUUCUUUACAUAUACCAGCAAUCAAAUUCGAUCUGACUUGCUUCCUUCUCCUCCUCCUCCUCUUUUUCUUCUUCUUCUUCUUCUUCUGCUCUCUCCCUCUCUCGUGAUGAGCAAUUGUGGUGGAGCAUCAUCAAUGUCUCUUGUAGGCCUAGAGGGCAAGCAGUUUCCCAACUUCCGACCUGACUUGGAAUGGGAGACACCAACCAACAACCCUUUGCUGUUCACGAGGCCACCACCAGCUACGACCACCACGCAGCCACCGCCUCAACCGCCACCGACGCCGGCGACACCAUUAUACCCUCCCUUCUUGAACCCCGGUUCAGCCCAUCCCAGUUCUACCUCCUCCACUCCCUUCCUUCACCAGCUACCACCACACUUCCACUUCUCCCCCGACUGCACCACCUUCCGCAAGCACGAAACCGAGAUACCCGACGAAUUCUGCCACUUCGUCAAGCCGGAGGCCGGCAUUGGAGACAAUGGCUUCGCCGGUUUCGGGAUCCCUGGCGGGAAUUUCCAAGGGAGGAUGGGCUUGGAUCUGAAUCUUGGCCACAGGGCCUACUUCUCUUCUCAUGAGACGGCCAUGGUGAGUAGGCUCUGCAAGUGGAGCCGAGGAGGCGGGUUUCUGCAGGGGCUGAACCAGCAGGCGCCGAGGUGCCAGGCAGAAGGGUGCAAGGCGGACCUGAGCCAUGCGAAGCACUACCACAGAAGGCACAAGGUGUGUGAGUUCCACUCCAAGGCAGCUAAGGUGAUCAUGGCAGGUAUAGAGCAAAGAUUCUGCCAGCAAUGUAGCAGGUUUCAUGUUUUGGCAGAAUUUGACGAUGUGAAGAGGAGUUGCAGGAAGCGUUUGGCUGAUCACAAUAGAAGAAGAAGAAAGCCACAACCUGUUGCAUGUGGAAGUAACGCAGGUAACUCUACGGGGAAGGCUGAGCACAACAGGAACAAUACAAGAAGCGUGAACGACCCUUCCUCUGAAGCCAGUAGGAAGGACUAUAGAUCAGCAGCGGCGCCAGUCUCCCAGGUGGACUCGGCUCAGGCAACAGAAGCACACGCCUUGCUCAAGGCAACAUCUCCAUCGCCCCCUUCCUCCCCAUUGAUGAUGAUGAUAAAUACCAACUCCACCAAUCCCAAAACCCUCCGCCAAGAGGAGGUGUCAGACCUGCAACUCCUACGAAAGGGCCCAUCUUUAUCCUUGGGUGGCCUGGACCAAUCAGUGGCAGCAGCAGAAGCUUCCUCCUCACCCUCCAUCCAAAACUUCUCGCCACCAUCUCCCUUCUUCUUCCCCUGGAGCAUCCCAAGUCAGUGCAGACUGUCAGUGAACCACCAAAACAGGAGUCCAUGGUGCUCUCCCUCACCAAACAAUGGCUCGGAGGAGUCGAGCAGGGGUUCGGGCUCUUACCAAAGUCAGAACCAGACAGAUCAUGAGCUGCAGAACUCGAUUUUUGAAGUUGAGUUACUGUGAGUUAUCUUUUUUUUCUUUCUUUUUUUUCCUAAUCUCAGAGGGAGGGAGAGAGAGAGUGAGGGAGGGAAGUGUCAAAUCAAACCAGAUCGAAUACCCUUUUUUAGAAGGUGGGUGGUAGUUGAUUUUUCUCUUUUUUUGUGUUUCUUCUUCCUUUUCCCCUUUCCUUGCCUUUAAUUAAUCGAAACUGGUGGUAAGUAUUGAAUAUCGCAGUCGGUACUCUUAGAAGUUUUACCAACGCGACUUCCUCUUUUUCCCGAUUUUUGGUAAAUCAUCUGACGUUUCUUCUCACAUUAUCAAGGAUUAAUUUACCUUUACAUACUUUUUUUUCUUUUUUUUCUUCCACUUUGGUAAAGUAGAAGAAAAACAGUGAAAAAGAGAAGGGCCAAGCUUCUGUUUUUCCACCGUAUUCUUCACAACUUUUAGUACUGUUUUUGUCUCUGAGAUGUUGUCAUCAGCCAGCUUUCAUGAACAACAAAUGGAAACAAGGGAAGAUAAAGUGAAGCUGGUUACCAGCUGGUUCUUUCCACUGGAUAUUUACAGAUAAAUUUAAUUGA